AUGACCUCAGUAAACGAGAGCAUAUUAACCACAACUACUUCAAGCAGCGUACGGGAGUUCCGACCGCAUGUCGAUAGUUGGGAAAAUUGGUGUGAACUAUUAGAUUCACAUUUUCUGGAAAGUGCAGUCACAGAAGAUAACAUGAAAGUGGCGAUUUUAAUAAAAUCAAUAGGAUUGGAAGCAUAUGGUUUACUUAAAGAUCUAUGCGAUCCAGUUCUGCCUUCCAAAAAACCAUUCAAUGAAUUGAAGGAUUUGUUGGACACGCAAUAUUCAAUUCCUGUAAUUGUUUUUCGAGAAAGACGAACUUUCUUAGAAGCAAAGAAGUCGGAUACAGAAACAGCGUCACAGUGGUUCGCUCGUCUUAAAAAAUUAGCGAAAGAUUGUAAAUUUGGGCAGCAAUUAGACGCAUUCGUGCUCAAUAAAUUUAUUACCGGCUUUGAAGGCAAAGUCUUCGAACGUUUGUGCGAAGAAAAUGAAAAACUAAAAUUGAGCGAAGCCUUAAAAAAGGCAAUGGCAGCAGAAGUAAAAUUAAUCACGCAACAGCAACAACAAACGCAAAAAGAGGUUAAUUUUGUAUCGAAAAGGUACCAACGUGGUCAGCGAAGCAGCAGCAACAAGCAGAACAGCUCCAACAACAACAGCAAAGAUAGUGGAAGUUCACGGCGACGGUGCUCACAUUGUGGCUGGAAGAACCACACCAGUGAAAAAUGCAAAUACAAAUCGAGCACGUGUAACAAGUGCGGCAGAGUGGGUCAUUUGGCGAGCGUAUGCAGCAGUAGCAGACAAAUUAAUUUAGUAGAAGUAUCAAAUAAUUUAAGUAGUGAAUUUAAUUCCAAUGAAGAUAUUAAUACAACUUCUGAUUACAUUUCGAACUUUUCAAAUUUUUCUAUUUUCAGUGUUACUGGAGAAGCGGUGGCUACACCAUUUACAGAAGCAGUAAAAGUUAAUCAAGUCUGGCUCGAAUUUGUGUUGGAUACCGGCGCAGCUUGUUCCCUGGUUUCUCUAUCAAUUUUUGAUAAGUUUUUUGACCGCAAGAUUUUGAAGCCCUGCGUUGAUCGAUUUUGUGCAUAUAACGGGGAAACUAUACAAAUUGUGGGUGAGUUCAAAGCAACUGUUAAAUAUCGCGAGCGAACACGUGAAUUGCGGUUAAUCGUUAGUAACACGAACAGUCCGCCCAUUUUGGGCAGAGAUUUUAUGCAACUUUUUGAUAUGACUUUAUCACAAAUUAAUUCGAUUCGGUAUGAUCACAAACAAGACGAUUUAGUUUCUCGAAUUAAAAGCAAAUAUCGCAACGUUUUUAAGAAUGAACUUGGUACAUAUAAGGGUAAUAAAAUUAAAUUGAGUAUAAGCGAGAAUGCAAAGCCUGUUUUUUGCAAGCCACGUCCGGUGCCUUUAGCAUGGCGUAGUAAUAUUGAAAAUCAAUUAAAUAAUUUAGUUAAAACUGGUGUGUUAAUCCCUGUCGAAAAUGCAGAGUGGGGUACACCUUUGGUACCAAUCGUUAAGCCUAAUGGCGACCUCCGCAUUUGUGGCGACUACAAAACCACGGUUAAUAAGUUUUUGAUGGAUGUAAAAUAUCCAUUACCGCUUAUAAACGAAUUAUUCACAUCACUUCAGGGGAAUCAUUUUACAAAAUUAGAUUUGUCGAACGCAUACAAUCAAUUAGUGUUGGAUGAAGAUUCACAAUUGUUAUGUGCUUGGAGCACGCAUGUUGGUGUUUUCAAGAUGACACGUUUGCCCUUCGGAGUAAAGCCGGCUGCGGCUAUUUUUCAGAAAACAAUUGAAACUCUUUUACGAGGUAUUCCAAAUGCAAUCAAUUAUUUAGAUGAUAUUGUUGUAACGGGUGCCACCACCGCAGAUCAUAUGAAAACACUUGAGCUUGUUUUAGGAAAAUUAGAUUCUGUCGGGUUACGUCUAAAUGAAAGUAAAUGUGAGUUCUUCAAGGAACGAAUUUCAUACUUAGGUUUUAACAUCGAUCGUUUUGGUUUAAGCAAGAAUAAAGAUCGAAUCGCAUCCGUAUUAGAAGCCCCAAUUCCACAAUGUGUGUCGGAAGUAAGAGCUUUCGUGGGUAUGAUUAAUUACUACUCAAAGUUUAUUCCUAAUUUUGCUCAUAAGAUGGCACCUUUAUAUAAUUUGUUGAAAAAAGAUGUGAAAUUCCAAUGGUCAAAAACAUGCCAAGAAGCGUACGAGUUAUUGAAGCAAGACGUAACGUCGGAUCAGGUUUUGACACAUUUUAAUCCUAAAAUUCCAAUAGUUUUGUCAACUGAUGCUUCUAAUUCAGCGGUAGCAGGGGUUUUGUCACAUAUUUUUGCAAAUGGUGUUCGAAAACCAAUUGCGUUUAUUUCUCGUGCACUUUCACAAACAGAAAAAGGCUACAGUACUAUUCAAAAGGAAGCAUUGGCUAUAGUUUACAGCGUCUCAAAAUUAAAACAAUAUUUAUUAGGCGUUCAUUUUACAUUAGAGUCUGAUCACAAACCACUUUUGGCUAUUUUUGGUGAGAAUAAAGGUUUACCAGUUAUGGCGGCAGCAAGGAUGCAAAGAUGGGCUUUUAUUUUGUCUGGUUUCGAUUACUCUAUCAAAUAUAUUAAAGGUGAACUUAAUCAAGCCGAUCACUUAUCGCGGAUUCCGCAAGAAGAAGUAGGCAAAAUAAGUAACGAUUUUUCAUAUAUAAAUUUAGUUGAAACAGAUAACCAGUUGAAACUAGAUUUCAAAAAUAUUGCAAAAGAAACUAGACGCGACCCGAUUCUUUCAAAAUUGGUAGAUGCGAUAAAUAGUGGUACAAUUGAUGCGUUAAUGGGCGAAGAAUUUGGCCCUUUUCGUAAUAAGAAAAAUGAAUUGUCGGUUGAAUACAAUUGUAUUCUAUGGGGCUAUCGAACGAUUGUUCCAUUUAAAUUACGUGAAGAGGUAUUGAAAGAAUUACAUCUGUCACACUUAGGCAUAGUAAAAACCAAAGCAUUGGCACGUUCGUAUGUUUGGUGGCCUAAAAUAGACCAUAAUAUUGAGAAAAUGAUUUCGAGUUGUGUUUCUUGCAAGCUUACUCAGUCGAGUCCAGAAAAAUGUCCUUUAAUUCCAUGGACACCCACUGAAUCAGCUUGGUCUCGAAUCCAUGUAGAUUUUGCUGGGCCUAUAAAUGGAUUUUAUUUUCUAAUCAUCAUAGAUUCGUAUUCUAAAUGGGUUGAAGUUUUUAAAACUCAUGAAAUGACAUCGAUAUUUACAAUCAAUAAACUGCGAGACGUCUUUUGCCGUUUUGGUUUAGUUGACACAUUAGUAAGUGAUAACGGGAGACAAUUUAUUUCGUUGGACUUCCAACAGUUUUUGGCAAACAAUGGCAUUAAGCAUAUUUUGACCGCUCCAGGUCAUCCGGCAACCAAUGGCCAAGCAGAAAACUUUGUAAAAACACUUAAAAAGUCGUUGCAGGCCAUUUUAAACGACACUGGUGGUGGCAGCAAAAAUAUGGACUUAAUAUUAAAUCGGUUUUUGUUCGAUUAUAGAUGUGCAAAACACUGCACCACUGGUGAAUCACCAGCAAAGUUAUUGCUUGGUAAAGAGUUAAAAAACCGAUUUAGUUUAAUGAAACCACCGUUGGUGCGAGAAAAGAUCUGUGAUAAGCAAUUAUCAAACAUUAAAAAUUUUAAAGGCUCAAGAAAUGUUAAAUUUGAAGAAGGUGAAAAUGUUUACGUGCGCGAUUAUUCAAAUCCGAAUAAGGACGGUUGGCAACCAGCUACCGUAAAGAAACGUAUUGGCUCACGAUCGUAUAGUUGUGUUCUUACUCAUAAUAAAAGACGAAUUAAAAGACAUUCGAAUCAAAUGAUAUCGGGCACAUCAAAUGCGUCACCAAAAUCGAUCGAUGGUAGGGCAGAUAACUCUCCUAAAGAAACAGCCAGGGUGACGGCAGAGCCGAUAGUCAAUGCAGAUUCAGAAGCUGUUAUCGCAACUAAUGGUGCUGAGCCAUCGAUUCUCGAAUCACGUUCUAGUAGAG